AUGACUGGAUACCCUGAGUUAGCCGCUUUUGAUUUGGAUUACACCGUCUGGCCCUGUUAUUGUGACACUCAUUUACACGGUCCCUUCAAGCCACUGAAAAGCAAAAAUGGCGAAGUUCUCACAAUCAUAUGUCAAGAUGGUUACGAACUUACAAUUUACAGAGAUAUCCCACGUAUAUUGAGGGAUUUGAAGGACAAUGGAGUCAAACUGAUGACCGCGUCAAGAACGUGGGCUCCUGAAAUUGCGCAGGAAAUACUGAAAAUAUUCAAAGUUGAGUACAAUGGUUCCUUAAUUCCGUUGGCCAAUUUAUUUGACGAAUUUCAAUGGGGGGAAAGAAGUAAGAUCGGUCACUUGAAGGACGGUUUGAAAAAUCUUUAUAACAUCAGUGAUUUGAAAUCGAAAAGAAUCUGUUUAUUUGAUGAUGAAAACAGGAACAGAGAAGUGGAAAAAUACGGUGUCAAAUUUGUUUACGUAAAAGAUCCAGAAAAUGGACCGGCCUGGAAACUUUAUCAAGACUAUUUGGAUGGGACGCUUUAA